UAUUACUGUAGACAAAGAAUACUGAUUAUUUUCUUUGUUUUAAAUGUUUAAGUUCGACCUAGGGACCAAUGCAUUCCCAUCCCUUGAUAGUUCUUACUUUAAGCGCAAGUACUCAGGGCUCUCAACCAAGUCACUGUUGAAUGUUUGGGCUACUUUUAUUAAUAAGGGCUCCGCGCAAGAUGAAAGCAAUCAGAAGAUUUGGGUUGCAACGAAUCCUCGAGGCGCUGAAAGGCUACCCCCUGGUAUCGUCACAUCCGAGUCUGAUCUAUAUAUCCGCAACUCUUCUGCUCUGCCUACUGAGGAAACAAGUGACAAAGCAAAGUACCUUCUAACCUUUACGGUUGGUUAUGACCAGAAAGACCACAUUGAUAGAUCAGUGAAAAAGUUCUCUGAAGAAUUUACUGUUCUGCUGUUUCACUAUGAUAACCGUGUAUCUGAAUGGGAUGAAUUUGAGUGGUCAAAGCGGGCUAUUCACCUCAGUGCUCCGAAGCAAACUAAAUGGUGGUUUGCAAAACGUUUUCUGCAUCCUGACAUUGUUGCUCCUUAUGAUUACAUAUUCAUUUGGGAUGAGGACCUUGGAGUCGAUAAUUUUGAUCCAGAUGAAUACAUCAGACUGGUAAAGAAGUACGGAUUGGAUAUAUCACAACCUGGUUUAUCUCCAGAUAGUAAAACUACAUGGCUGAUGACCCGGAAACAAGAUGACAGUGAAGUUCACAAAUCAACAAUCGAAAGACCUGGUUGGUGUCAAGGUCCACAUGUGCCACCUUGUGCAGCAUUUAUUGAAAUCAUGGCCCCUGUAUUUUCACGAGAUGCAUGGCGUUGUGUUUGGCAUUUAAUUCAGAAUGACUUGGUCCAUGGAUGGGGUCUUGAUUUUGCACUUAGGAAAUGUGUACAGCCUGCACAUGAGAAAAUAGGAGUGGUAGAUUCUCAGUGGAUUGUUCAUGCUUCAAUUCCUACGCUGGGAAAUCAGGGUGUAGAAGGGGACGGAAGAACACGAUGGGAAAUGGUGAGGGAAAGGUGUCGAGAUGAAUGGGCAACGUUCCAGAAUCGUUUCAUCGAUGCAGAGAGAUACUAUUACGAGUCAAAGGGAAUUGAUGUUUCUAAUUACACAAGCUCAAUAGGAGGAGGCCACAUUCAUACCAGCAAAUUCGAUGUAGAUCCAGCAACUACAGAGUAGAAGGCAGUCGCUGUCUGUAAAAAAUGUCAUAUGGUACCCCAAAAGGUCAGAAUUACUCCAGUUGGAGGCAAGUUUUAUCGACUUAAGUCGCUUGUAAGCUAAAUGUUCCUUUAGGUUUCAUCUUCAUUAGGCGAUUAUUUAUUUCCAUAACCAAGAAAGUAUAAACCGCA